UUUGACUAAGUAUCAUUAAACGUUUACUCAUGAAUUCUCGGCGUACACACAAAAACAGAAAAUCAAAACAAAGUGAGGAGCGAUCGGAUUUCUGCAACAGGCCUUUCCAUCAGCACUAAAGCCUGACCUUAGCGGGUAUUUCCCGUUUCAUUCCCCGGCGACCAGUUUGACAGAAGGAUUCCCCACCACGUGGGAUUCCCGAGCUGUGGGCUUCUCCACGAAGCCCAAAACUCGGGCAUUUCGUUUUCUAAUCAUGUUUCUUUCACUUGUAUUACGAUUCAAAGCUAAACUCUUAGCUGUUGAUACAGAUAAUUAUAAAAUAUGUCUGUUUUACCUUGGAUUAUUUUAAAGGAGGUGUCAAGGAACCGGGUUCAGAGUAAACUUGAAAGUCAACGCAGAUGGUUACGCUCGAAACAAGUUUCGUACUAUAACGGCAUCAAAUUUGCAAUUUUUACCUGAAAAUCGUGUUGGGAGUGCGAAUAAACUAGACGACAGCUACGUACAGUAUUUUGGUAGAACAAAAACGUUCAAAGAUCAAGUGUCCAUUAAAUAUGAAAGAGCAGUGGAAACAGGAUAGUAUGAAUGAAAAAUUCUAUCCAAAAAUGGAAGAACACCAGGCAGUAUCUAUGCCGCAUACUCGAUCUAAUAAGGAUUAUUGUAAAAAGACUAUUGCUACACUGAAAGUUUUAGUUCUAUUAGUUCUUUUGGUGUUUCUAAGCUGGACGUCUAUAAUCCGUUAUACAAAUUACAAUCCUAAAUCAAUACUUUUGGCGGAUGAUAGAACAACACAUGAGUAUUUUGGGUGGUUUGGCAGAACAGCAUUAAAGAGUAAUGUACAUCUAGACAGCAGUCAAAAUACUUCUUCAAAUCUUGCAUCCUUAGAUAAUCUUACUGCGCAUCCGUAUCACAAGUAUUCCAACGAAGAUAAUUCUGAAAUAACUUCUGGACACAGUGUUAAGACCCGUAUUUCUCGAAAAGCAGAUAUGCUACAACUUGAAGAAGGUAAACAAGAAGAAGAAUUCAGAAAAUGGCUUCAAAACUUAACUGUCAAGGAUCGGUUCAGUAACACAAAGCAAGAUCCUCAAUUUAAAGCAGAUUUGAAAAUACUUCUUGACGAUCCCAAUGAAACAAGUGAGGACGUUCAAACAUUAUUUGUAAAGGUAUUGUCAAAAUACAAAGAUGUAGUAGUAAAGAUGUACAUGGAAAGUCUUAUGCAUGCUGCGAAUGCUGCUGGAGACAGCCAUGAAGUAUCUGGUUACAAUGGAGCUCUUGCAAGCGAAAAAGAAAACGAUGCGGCUCAGUUUGAUGAUAGUAAUAAAGAAUCGGGUUCAUUCGAUUUCAGUGAAUUACUACAUCCGUGAGAAGUUAUUAAUCAUCCAAGACGCUCCAGCUGAUCUAGUAUACAGAGUUCUAAAAAACAUGCCAAGUAUUCAUGAUCAACUUUCGUCGGCUAAUUAAGGAUCAUCAGUGCGUACAAUUUUGAAGAAUGAAUCGCCUAAAAAGCGAGUUGAACUUCUUAUUCGAAUUCAUAAAAGAAUAACGUUGCCUGGUUAACUUGCGAUAGCAUACUACGUACGCUAAAGUCCUUAUGCGAGAAAUCGCAGUUUGUAGAAAGUAAUAAUAAGAUCGACAAGGUUGAAAAAGGCAACGUGAUCGAUAAAAUUAUCAAUUUGGAAGUCGAUUUUAACAGAUGUGAAAGGACUAUUUCUCAUUAUCAUUUCAUAGUUUUCAGAAUAUUUUAAAUAUCUGAUUUUCUACCAGAGAUUAACCGUUCGAUAAUUCAAUAUAAUCAGUAGAGACCGAUCAAAGUUAUAGGAAGACAGAAUCAACCAUUAAAAGCGAUUUUUAAAUAGAUUACUGCAUGUUGUAAUUAUUUUAUUUAUUUUUCCACAAAAAAAAUAUUAAUAACGGAUUAGUUAUUCAUUACACUAUAUUGUAUUAUCAUAUAAUUUUAAAUUCUUAAAAUAUUUUCUCAAACGCCUCGAUUAAUUAUUGCAUAAACUUACAAUCAAGUUGUAUUUAUAGUAAUCUUAUUUAGAUGAAUUGCAACUUAGACCAAAGGUAUAUAGGUUAAAUAAGUAACAGCUCAAUAAAGUACACUGUUAAGUGUUAAA